UGAUAAAACGUCAGUGGCAAUCUCUACUUGUUGUAUAUGUGAGACGAAGUGAAGGGGAGACGGAAAGAGCUUAGAUAACGUCCCUUGUUGAGUAAAAGAAACGCCCAUAAGUUUCUUCACGUAUAUCAGUGAAAACUUCCGGGGUUCCUACUGGGUUUUGAUUAUUAUUGUUGUUUGAACCUUUUUCUAUUUCUUAAUGGAGGGAAGUGAUCUUUACGAAGUAAGAAACAGUUUCCGGGUAGACAGUUCUUCCAUAUGGAGGGACAAGGGUGUGCAAGUUUUCUCAACAUCAUUUCGACGAGAAGAUGACGAGGAAGCUCUGAAAUGGGCUGCACUCGAGAGACUCCCCACUUACACACGUUUGAGGAAAGGUUUACUGACUAUGUCCAGUGGUCAGGCCUCUGAAAUCGAUGUUGAAAAGCUUGGGUUUCAAGAAAGAAAGGAUCUUGUUGAGAGAUUAGUCAGAGACGCCGAGGUGGAUAAUGAGAAAUUUCUGUUGAAGCUCAAGGAACGCAUUGACAAAGUUGGAAUUCAGAUUCCCACACUUGAAGUUAGAUUCGAGCAUUUAAAAGUCGAAGCAGAUGUUUAUGUAGGAAGCAGAGCAUUGCCUUCAUUUUUCAACUACUCUAUCAAUUUGGUGGAGGGCUUCUUGACUUAUCUUCAUCUACUUCCAAGUAGAAAGAAACAUCUGUCUAUCCUUCGUGAUGUUAGCGGAAUCAUUAGGCCUUGCAGACUAACAUUGAUUUUAGGUCCUCCAAGUUCUGGAAAGACCACUCUUCUGUUGGCUUUGGCAGGGAAGCUUGAUCCGGAUCUCAAGUUCUCUGGGAGGGUGACUUACAACGGAUAUGACAUGCAUGAGUUUGUGCCCCAGAGGACGGCAGCCUAUAUUAGUCAACACGAUCUCCAUAUGCCAGAAAUGACUGUGAGAGAAACCUUGGCCUUUUCUGCAAGAUGCCAAGGAGUCGGAUCUCGUCAUGAGUGGUUAGCAGACUUGUCGAGGAGAGAGAAAGAAGCCAAUAUCAAGCCUGAUCCUGAUAUUGAUGUCUUCAUGAAGGCAGCAUCAAUAGAAGGCCAGAAGACAAAUGUGGUCACAGAUUAUAUUAUAAAGAUUUUGGGAAUAGAAGUUUGUGCAGACACCUUGGUAGGGGAUGAGAUGUUAAGAGGCAUCUCUGGAGGACAAAAGAAGCGUGUCACAACAGGUGAAAUGCUGGUUGGACCAGCAAAAGUGCUGCUCAUGGAUGAGAUAUCUAAUGGGUUGGACAGCUCGACAACUUUUCAAAUUGUGAACUCACUCAGGCAAUACAUUCACAUUCUAAAUGGAACUGCUGCCAUCUCGCUCCUCCAGCCAGCACCAGAGACUUUUGAACUUUUUGAUGACAUCAUUCUCCUCUCUGAUGGCCAGAUUGUGUACCAGGGUCCCCGUGAGCAAAUACUCGAGUUUUUCGAAUCCAUGGGCUUCAAAUGUCCUGAAAGAAAAGGUGUAGCUGAUUUUUUGCAAGAGGUAACAUCAAGCAAAGAUCAGAAGCAAUAUUGGGCACGUAAAGAUGAGCCUUACAGGUUUAUCACGGUAAAGGAAUUCACUGCUGCAUUCCACUCAUUCCAUCUGGGAAGGCAACUUGAAGAAGAGCUUGCAACUCCAUUCGACAAGGGCAGCAACCCAUCUAUUUUACCAAACAAAAGAUAUGGUGUUACAAAGAAAGAACUAUGGAAGGCCUGCUUCUCAAGAGAAUUCUUGCUAAUGAAGAGGAACUCAUUCGUCUACAUAUUCAAGCUCGUCCAACUUUCCGUAAUGGCUCUUCUUUCAAUAACACUCUUCUUUCGGACCGAAAUGCACCGGGACACAGCAAUUGAUGGGGCAGUUUACACGGGUUCUCUGUUUUACACACUGUUUAUUGUCAUGUUCAAUGGAAUGUCAGAGCUUGGCCUGACCAUUUUCAAGCUUCCUGUCUUUUACAAGCAAAGGGACUUCCAGUUCUUUCCUGCAUGGGCAUAUGCUCUUCCUACAUGGAUCAUCAGGAUCCCUAUUACAUUGAUCGAAGUUGCCAUUUGGGUUUUAAUGAGCUACUAUGCCAUUGGAUAUGACCCAGACGUCAAAAGGUUGUUCAAACAAUAUCUCGUACUUGUUCUUCUUAACCAAGUGGCUUCUGCAUUAUUCCGAUGUAUUGCGGCUGUAGGUAGGAACUUGAUUGUUAGUUCCACACUUGGGUCAUUUGUGCUGCUGCUGCUUUUUGCAAAUGGUGGCUAUGUCUUGUCACGAGACAGCAUUAAAAAAUGGUGGAAAUGGGGUUACUGGAUAUCACCAUUAAUGUACGGUCAGAAUGCAAUAGCAGUGAACGAAUUCCUUGGGAAGAGUUGGAGACAUGAUGUCCCCUUACUAAAGGAACCACUAGGGCUUUUAAUUUUGAAAACUCGAGAGUUCUUUCCUCACGCAUACUGGUAUUGGAUAUCAGUUGGGGCACUGACUGGAUUCACAUUGCUAUUCAACUUCCUCUAUACUCUGUCUCUUACUUAUCUCAACCCUGUUGACAAGCCUCAGGCUGUCAACUACGAAGAUCCUGAGCAGAGCAGUGAAGAUGAUGGUGGAACUGGGAACAGCUCCAGCCAAAGCACCAAUGCUGGUGAGGAAGAUGAAUUUAGGAGAAGUUCAUCUGCAAAAAGAGAUGCUGCUGCAAAGGCCACUCAUGAUAAGAAAAAGGGAAUGGCUCUUCCAUUUGAACCAUACUCUCUCGCCUUUGAUAACAUUGUCUACUCUGUUGACAUGCCACAGGAAAUGAAGAAUCAGGGUGUCAAUGAGGAUAGAUUGGUGCUUUUGAAUGGCGUUAGUGGUGCUUUUAGGCCUGGGAUUCUCACAGCUCUCAUGGGUGUUAGUGGUGCUGGUAAAACCACUUUGAUGGAUGUGCUAGCCGGACGGAAAACUGGUGGCUAUAUUGAGGGGAACAUAAAGAUUUCUGGUUACCCAAAAAAGCAAGAAACAUUUGCUCGAAUUUCAGGGUAUUGCGAGCAAAAUGAUAUUCACUCUCCUCAUGUUACUGUCUAUGAGUCCUUGCUCUACUCGGCUUGGCUCCGUCUAUCCAGUGAAAUUGACACUGAAACCAGAAAGAUCUUCGUUGACGAAGUCAUGGAGCUGGUGGAAUUGAACACAUUGAAGCAAGCAAUUGUUGGGUUGCCAGGUGUGAACGGUCUUUCCAUUGAGCAGCGCAAGAGGUUAACCAUUGCGGUGGAGCUAGUAGCAAACCCUUCUGUAAUAUUCAUGGAUGAGCCAACUUCAGGGCUAGAUGCAAGAGCUGCUGCAAUUGUCAUGAGAACUGUUAGGAACACCGUUGACACUGGAAGAACAGUUGUUUGUACCAUCCAUCAGCCUAGCAUGGACAUUUUUGAAGCUUUUGAUGAGCUAUUUCUGUUGAAGAGAGGAGGAGGAGAAAUAUAUGUGGGACCCCUGGGUUGGCACUCUUCUUGUCUUAUCGAGUAUUUUGAGGGAAUCGAAGGAGUGAGUAAAAUCAAAGAAGGUUAUAAUCCAGCAACUUGGAUGUUGGAAGUAACCACGCCAGCCCAAGAAAGUGCUUUGGGAGUUGAUUUUGCCGAAUUGUACAAAAAUUCAGAACUCUACAGGAGAACCAAAGUACUCAUUCAAGAAAUGAGCGAACCUGCUCCUGGUUCCACUGACCUCCAUUUUUCGACUAAAUUCUCACAACCAUUCUUCACCCAAUGCGUUGCAUGCUUAUGGAAACAACGUUGGUCGUACUGGCGCAAUCCACAAUAUACUGCCAUAAGAUUUCUUUCCACAGCCGUCGUAGCCAUAAUGUUUGGGACAAUGUUUUGGGACCUUGGCUCCAAAAAGUCAAACCAAUUAGAUCUGCUUAAUUCAUUGGGUUCAAUGUUCACUGCCGCUCUCUUCCUUGGGGUUCAAAAUUCUGGGGGUGUUCAGCCGGUAGUUUCCAUUGAAAGAACAGUCUACUACAGAGAAAGAGCUGCAGGAAUGUAUUCAGCCUUGCCAUAUGCCUUAGCACAGGUCAUGGUUGAACUCCCAUAUAUCUUUUCACAAGCUGUGGUCUAUGGUGUCAUAGUUUAUGCAUGUAUGGGAUUUGAAAGGAGUGCUGCUAAGUUCUUUUGGUAUCUUUUCUUCAUGUACUUCACCUUAUUGUAUUGCACCUUCUAUGGGAUGAUGCUUGUGGGCUUGACACCCAAUUACCUCAUUGCUUCCAUUGUUUCCACCUUUUUUUAUGGAAUUUGGAGCCUCUUUUGCGGAUUUGUGGUCCCAAGAACUAGGAUUCCUGUGUGGUGGAGAUGGUACUAUUGGGGUUGUCCAUUAUCAUGGACCUUGUAUGGAUUGGCUGCGACACAGUUUGGUGAUGUAAAAGACACGCUUGAUACAGGUGAAACAGUCGAAGAGUUUUUUAGAGAUUUUUUUGGUUUCAAACAUGAUUUUGUAGGAGUGGUUGCAGUUGCAAUCGUUGGGUUUCCCGUGCUCUUUGCGUUCAUCUUCGCCAUUUCUAUUAAGACUUUGAACUUCCAAAAGCGCUGAUCAACAUGCGUUUAACUAGACUGAUGAUUUGUGGGGACUGUAUGCUUUUCACUUCCUGCAAGAUUGGUGGAAAUUAAAUUUCUCUAAGAAAAAAAUUUAUUUGCAAG